AUGUCUGCAAACUUAGAUCAAUCCCUAGACGAAAUUAUCGGUAAUAAGAGAGCUAGCAACAGACCUCGUCAAGCCAGCAACCGUGGACGUAACGCCGCUCCAAGAAAGGCUUCCAAGCAAGUUAACACUCAACGUCGUGGGCCAGCUGUCAGAAAUCCUUCCGUUAGACAAAGAGUCGUUAGAGCUCCUGUUGCUAGAGUCUCUAAGUUAUUAGAUUCUCAAAGGGAAGUUAAGGUCAAUGUCGAAGGUUUGCCAAGAGAUAUUAAACAGGAUGCUGUUAGAGAAUUUUUUGCUUCUCAAGUCGGUGGUGUCCAAAGAGUUUUAUUAAGUUAUAAUGAAAGAGGUCAAUCUACUGGUAUGGCCAACAUUACUUUCAGAAAUGCCCAACAAGCUAAGGUUGCUGUUACUAAAUUUAAUGGUGCUCCAAUUGAUGGUGGUAGAUCUAGAUUAGUAUUGAAUUUGAUUGUUGAUCCAAAUCAAGCACCAGCUUCCUCAUUAGUCGGUAGAAUUCAACCUCUACCAACCAAGAAGAUUAUCACUCCACAAACUAAUACAAAGAGAAAUCCAAGAGCUCCAAAUAAGAAAGCUGCCGCUGUUAAGAACAACCGUAAGCAAAAGAAGGAAAGACCAGCCAAGAAGAGUUUAGAAGAUUUGGAUAAAGAAAUGGCUGAUUAUUUCGAAAAGAAAUAA